GCUGUUGUGAUCCAAGAGAUGAUUGGCUGCGAAUCGGCGGGAGUUAUGUUCACUUGUGAUCCGAUUACCGGCGAUGAGAGGGUUAUUGAGAUUACAGGCAAUUAUGGAUUGGGAGAAUCUGUGGUCUCCGCGUCCUCAGAACCCGACACAAUCAAAAUGUCGGUUAAUAUUGAGUCCAACUCUUUGUCCAAACGAAGACAUAUUAAGGGAAUUGAAUCCAAAGUCAUCGGACAGAAGAAGACAUUAAUCAGAUUAUCUGAAAAUGGAGGCACUCUUGAGGAAGACAUUGAGGAUACGAAUAGCUGUUGUGUUAGCGAUGAAGACUUAUAUCGUUUGGCAGAUUUGGGCUUAAAAAUUCAAUCAUAUUAUGGAAACGCAAGAGAUAUAGAAUGGGGUCUAAAAGGGGGCCAAAUAUUUAUGCUUCAGUCGAGACCCGUAACUAAUUUAGACAAUUCUUACACCGAUUACGAGAUUAUGCAUGAAUUAGAUACAGCACAUCCGUCUGAGUUUGAAAUAUACUCUCGAGCUCAUUGGGCGGUAACUAUUGUCUUACAGCGGGAAGUGUUGGCCUCGGAUGCGAGCGCCACAAUGGAUGACUACAACCCGUACGUCGAUAUGAUGGGUGUUUGUUAUAAUCAGCUAUUUUUCAAUUUGACCAAUUACGUGUUCGACCGGUUCUACGACUACCCGGAGUCCAAACUGUCCGAGUAUUCAGUGCUGGCCUUCUUCGGGCAUCACAUCACAGAUAGGGAUACUUUGAAUAUGUUUCAGGAGAAACGACAUCGCCUUCACAGGCCAUCACUCAUCGAGAAUAUCAAAUACUACGCAAACAUAUUCUUCUUCGGUAGGGCGAAGAUGUUCGCCGAUAUCGACAAAUAUAUGGGUCACUACGAUAUGGUCCAGAAGUUGAGACAGUAUUCGGGCGCCAAACGGGUCUUCGACGGCCUCAUGAAGGAGUACGAGAUGACUGAUGUCAUGUUCUUCCACCACAGUUGGGCCACUCAGGGCUCCACCAUUAAGAAUGGUAUCAUAAGAUACCUUCUCGAGAGCGCGCAACAAAAUAACCCAAACCUGGAUUCGGACAUGAAUUUACUGAUCUCUUCGUGCGAUGAAGUGGUCAGCGCCGAAGUGCCCAACCGUUUGCGUGAUAUCGCUGUAGCCAUCGAAGACAGGCAACGAUUCGUCCGUCUCAGCGAUGAAGAGGCGCUCGAAGAGCUCCGGCGCGGAACCGGUGAGGCGUCGCGACUGUUCGACCAGUUUCUCAAAGAUCACGGCCACAGAGGCUAUAAAGAGAUGGACCCCUACUGUAAGCCCUGGGAAGACAAUCCUAUUCCAUGCGUGAAGAACUUAAAGGCAAUCCUUUCGGGCAGUGAAAACCUAUUGAAGCCAAAAGUAGUCAAAUCGGUCGAUGAAGUGGUCAACGAAUUGCGGACUCCGUUGUCGUUCUGGAGGCGGUAUCUGAUCCGUAAAGUAUUCCUCCCC